CUCAGUCCCCCGGCCGCUGCAUCAGCGUGGAAGGGCUUCGCAGAGCGCGCGGGCGACCUUGGAGCUGCCCCGGUUGCGCGCCGGCCGCACAGGCGGCGGCGGCGCCACAGUCUGUCCAGUCGCGGCAGGGAAGGAGGCUCCGGCCGCACGAGCCGGGUGGAGCUGUCAGACGCGACACGCGGCGCUCGGGACGAGGCGGCGGUCGCGCUGCAGCGGCACGGGUGUGGUGACCAGGCUUCGCCGCGCGGGCACGGUGACACGCGCCGCUCCGGAGACGCGGCGGCAGACGGCGCGGCCGCGGCGAGGACCGUGGACGUGCCCCCGGGACCCGGCCUCCGGGAGCACCGUUGACCGUGACUGUGCCGCGAGACUGCACCACGUCAGGACCUCGUGGCCAAGAGCCGGCCGGACACCAUGAGGAUCGUGACGUUGCUGGUGCCGCUGCUGGUGCUGCUGCUGGCCGCCUCCAGCACAGCCACCGCAGGCAAACUGUUCGACAAGGUCAGGUGCUCCAGCUGUAAAGCUGUCGGCGGUCUGGUGGUCGGCCUGGUGCGGCUCACUGGCUCCAGCAGUCUGCUGCGCAGCAAGGCGAAGCUGUUCUGCGGACUGGUGCCCGUGGCACGCACGGUCUGCGUCGGCUACAUCGACAGCUGGGCGGAGUCCCUGACGUACAUCGUGCGCAACAGCCCGCUAAGCGCCAGCGAUAUGUGCGCGCUGUACCUGAAGUCGUGCGCCCGGCGUCCGCUGGAGAUGGACGUGAAGCUGGAGCUGCCAGAGCCGAGCACCGCCGCCCUCCGUCGCCGGCUGGAGAACUACCCG